UCCGGAAAUACAACAGUGCAAAAUGAUGAUGCACAGCUUUUGCAUGAGAAAAGCAUAUCUGGAGAACUCGAUCAGAUUGUAUCUCUGCCCUUGUCCACACAGGGAAUUUCUGGGGAAGUCCAUACAGAAACCACCUCCAUUGGGUCUUUGCAGAGGUUGGCCUCAGGAACUCAUAAGAACUCAAAAACUGACAGGCAAGCCACAAAGGAACUGGGGAAUGGACAGUUUUCUUCCUCAAAAAAGCAACUGUUUCACUCUGAGAACUCUUUCAGAAGUGAAGAUUAUACAGUUUUUAUUAGUGAUGAGGGCCUUCCUCUGGCUGAUGAGGCUACCUUGUCAGAAAUACUGUCUCCUGUUGAUGAAGUGUUGUCCUAUGCAAGUGCUGACUUGCCAUCCUCUAAUAAAAAGGAUUUGUCAUUUGCAAGGGAAGAUCUCCCUCCUCCCCCUUUGGGUGUAGAUGCAAUGAAAAAUGAUGAUUCUAGCUUCAGUACAGAUAAUUUCCCAUCUCCACCAGAACAAAUGACAGCCCCAGAGACUGGACAAUGUAUGAAUGAAGAUGUAUCCCUGAAAAUGGAUGCUUUUCCCCCAUUACCUGAUGACACUGUGUCUGAAGAAUAUCCCUCGUUCAAUCGAGAGCCAGUUGAUAUCUUUUCAACUCAGGAAGGUAACCUCUCAGAACAGUAUUUAGUUGAAGUUAUUUCCUGUGCAAAGGAGCACUUGUCAGAAUACCAUGAAGGAGAACAGGAGAUGCCUUCACAGUCUUUGGAGCUUCUGCCUGUGUCAGAUCCUAUUUCUUCUAGUCAGGCCAGUAAAAAUCCUGCUUCCAUGAUGAAACAAUGCGAAACAUACAUAACGCUGCCAUUAGCUGGGGAGGACAGUGAUGACCCAUUGUCAGCAUUUGAAAUUGGAGACAGAGUAUUAGUAAAGCAGACCCAACCUGGAACCCUGAUGUUCAAAGGACGGACUCGUUUUGAUAGCGGCCACUGGGCUGGUGUCGCACUGGACAAAGCUGAAGGUGAUCAUUCUGGAACUUACAAAGGGGUGAAGUAUUUUGAAUGUGCACAGCACUGUGGUGUCUUUGUCAGACCUGGUGAGAUUUCACACCUGUUGGAGGAUAACAACAAUGGUUCCAGUUCCACUGGGGAUGAAGACUCAGACUCCUUCUAUGAUGAUGAAUCCUUCAGAAGAGACUGCAGAUACCCUGAAGUUGGUGAGCAGAGUGCAGGGGUAACAGAGCAGAAAGCUGAAGAUACGAAAAGUCCAGGAGGAUCAGAAGUGUCAGAAAAGAAGUCCAGGCUGUAUGUUGCGUUGCAGUGUGGAAGAAGUCAAACACUUCCACAUUCUGACCACUGUAAAUGUGAUGAAUGUCAUCACCAAAACAACUUAAUGUGCUGGGGAUCAGAUAAAGAAAAAACAGAUUUGAUACAAAUAAAACAAGGGGUGCUUGCAGGUGUGCCUCCAAAGGGAAGUGAGGCUAGCCAUGCAGAUGGCAUGAACACAAACAAAAGUGUUUGUUGCUUGGUAGAGGAUCAGAAAAGAAAUAAACUCACUGAUGAUAUCGCAGCUGAACUCAGUAAGAAACUUCUACUUGAUGCGUUGAUUGCAUUCUCUGAAACAGCUCAACACAAAUACAAAGGUGCCUUUGAAGAAAAUGUGGUGAAUUAUAUCAAAGGCCUAAAACAAGGGGACAGUCAGAAACAAUUUCUUAUCAAAGAAAAUCCACUUGCUACCUUAACUGAGCAAUCAGCAAAGGUUGCUGAUCUUUUACUGCAUGAUUUCAAUAUGCUUAGCAUUCACGGUUGUCACACGAUAGCAGAAAGAAUUGUGACUAAAUUUGUAGGGGAUGCAGUUAAGGAAUAUAAGAAGAUUAAAAGAAAACAAGGAGUAAAAACAGACAAGAGGUUUCCUUCAUCUUCAGAGACUUCUCCAACUACUUUGCCUUUCCUUUUAAAAAUCCUCGAUGCUGGUGUUUUUGGAAGCUCUGAAGACUUUGAUCAGCCUAACUCUAAUGAACGCGCUCUGGAAAGACAAACACAAAAGCAAUACUUGUUGGAUCACUGGCACUCAGCUCCUUGGAAGAAAACUGUAGAGGUUCCCCUUGUGGUACCACACUACACUUCAUAUGUAAAGAACUUGUCUGCAUAUGCUGUAGAAGAAUUAUGGACUCCAGAAAACAUUUAUUCGAAUUUCACAAGAACCAGUGUGCCAAAGCAGUCUGAGUGUAAUGACUUUCCAGGGAGUGAUUUGGAAACAGAAAGCAAAAGGAUGUAUAAUCAGGUUAUAUUCGAUUUGACUCACGAGCUUCUACGUGAGGAGUAUCAAGUGACUGCACAUCCAAAAACAUUUCCGUGGUUGAAAGAAAACUUGAGAUCUUGCUGUUGUUGGUGUCGCUGCAGAAGCACAGAUGUCAAUGAGGUUAAGACAUUUGUUCAGGGGGAAAUGAUUAAAAUAAUGAACCUGGAAAGGAAUGACUUAGAAGGGAAAAGAAAAUUCCUUAAUAUGACUAAGUAUGGAAACUGUGAGAGAGACAGAGUGGAUCUCAUCCUGAUUCAGGAGCUCCACAAAGAAGAAUCUCAGUGGACUUACUAUGGUGAUGAUGAAUUAACUGUGAAGAUGAGCGUGACUGAAGACAUAUUUGACAGCUUGAUCCUUGAUACAGUCAGAGUUCUCAACAGGAUUUAUUUGAGAAAAGCCAGUGAUUAGAAGUUUGCCCUCAUGGUGGAGUUUUAAUCCCUGACUUCUAAGGCAAGAGAUGCACGAUUAAUAAUCUUAACUCUGAGCUUUACCCAAUACAGGUGUGGCCUGAGUUACAUGUUCAUAUUUACAAUGAAAGGAUGCAAGUAACAAAAAUGCUACCGAAAACUUUCUUCUUCAGUUUUGAACUUUGGAAACGCUGAUUAAGCUCAAUACUCUUCUUAGAGUGGUUUUACACGUGAUUUAAGUGGUGCAAUUUUAUUCUUCUGUUUGUUUGGUUGGUUUUUUUUUAUCAAGAUAGCAUUUUAUUCACCUAUGCAUUUUAAGAGCUCCUUGUGGGUUUUAAAAUUGUGUAGGAGUCUAUGAUUAUACAGACAGGGUUCAAAAGCAAUUUAUGUGUAAAUGAUCUUAUUCUUCAUUAUCACACUCUGGUUGUGAAUGAUGAUGGAUGAAUCACAUUUUAAGAAAAAUGUUCAGGAAAUCAAUGCUGUCUGUCUUCAGAAAAUCAGGGCGCAGAUGGAAUUAAAUCUUACAGAAAGUAAAUCGUUGUUGAUCUCUUGGAAUAAACUCUUCUAAUGGGAACAAGUCUAAAACUUCUCCUGAGGGGCUCCACACCAUUACAGAGGUGAUGGUGCACCAGUUUUUACAUCCUGUAAGUGUUUGUAUUUAAAAUCAUAUUUACAGACUAAUGAAAUGCACUUUGUUUCUGUUUUCAAGCACUGAUGGUUUAGCUGUUUUCAUACUGAAUUGCUUUCUGAAUAAACAAAAUAAAUCGAA